UUUUAUCAUACGUCCGCCCGCCACAUAUAUAUAAGUAUACUGCGUUACAUCAUACUCCGUAUACCUCACCUCAUCAACGAUGCCCAAGAUAGAGGCGGACGAACUCAACCCCUCUGCAAACCUUAGCUCUCUGCGCACAGCAACCUAAAGAGAGAAUGACAGACUGGUUAGUGUCGAAAGAAAAUCUCAACUACUCGUUCGUGUCAACCAGGAACCUGUUCUGCCGCUGUGACACUGGGACACCGCAGCUGGAAGAAAAGCCUGUAUCGCCGGCCUAGGAAAAGGAGGAACCUGGAGUCAUCUCAGCCGGACUGAACCGUAUCCUCUGAACGUCGCCAACCUGCCGCAUCUUCCUGCUACUGGAGUGGUGGAACUCGCCGUCACCUCUUCUCGUUCGCAGUUGGAAAGUCUUCUACGGACCCCUGUUUCCGCGGGGGUCGAUAGCAAAGGAGCCGGAGGCCAGGGGAUAGACCUUAGGACAACGUUGCUGUCUUCACCGGAUGCCGCCAGAGUUUCUGUGCGGCGGAGUGGGAGCACCGUCGCACGCAUCGCAGAUUCGCAGCAGCCCGUUGUUACCUGGCCGUUAUCGUUCGACGGAGAACAACUUACAAGGUGAUAUUUGAAGAGGAUCGAGGUUAAAGCUUCGGUUAGGAUUAUCGCGAUUCGAGGAAUUGAGGAUCAUGUUGAAGUUGAUUUCGAGAGCUUCCGCUAGAACACAUAGACUAAAUUGAUUGAAUAAUUUAUUUUAGUCUUAAUUUUAAAGAAUUGUAGUUGAACAAUUAAUUUUGGAAAAUCUUAAUUGGUUGGUGGUGGAUAGCCUGUGCACUCGGUUAUAUGAGAACCGAGUGUGGCGGUAACGCCCUGUUUCCCUUUGAAUUUUCCGCUGCAAGACUCUGAUGUUUUCGAAUAAACCAUUAUUCAAAUGUAUUUUUGGGUGGGAAAUUUGAGGGUGUUACAAAUUGGUAUCAGAGCCUUUUCUUUUCUAAAAUGGGAUUUUCAAACAUUUUUUUCAGAUCUUUUUUUUUAACUCUAUUAAGUGAUACCAACAAGUUGGUAUCAGAGCGUUACGGUUUUCGAAUGGGGAUUUUUGCAUAAAAGUUUUCCCGCAAUGACUUCAAUUUUCAAAAAGGAGUUAUUAAAGUUUUCUAAAAUUUUGAUUUUCAAAAAAAAAAAAAGGUUUUCUAAGAUUUCCUAAAACUCCAAAUAGUGACAUCGGCCAACAAGUUGGUAUAAAGAUUUUGUUUUGUAAAACAUAUUAAAAAUUUACAAGGGGUUUUCUCAAAUGUUUAAAAAAAAAAAAAAAGUUGAAACCCGCUUUUCUAAAUGUGUUUUGAAGAAGGAAAAAAAACAUAGGAAUAAUAAUUGGACUAAGAAAUAAUAUAUAUUUAGGAUCGUGGUGAGAAUGUGGGAUUUUGAAUUUUUAUUUUGGUGGAAUCUGUGGUUGUUUGAAUUGUUUGAGUUAUACUUAUAUGAGAUAUAUCAUUAUUGACUCAUUUGAGAAUGAGUUUGGACUCUUAGAGGAACUUACCAAAUUAUGUGAGUAGUGAUUUAUCAGGUAAGGUAGUAUAAUUGUUAAUGUCAUUGACAUACUUUGUGUCUCAAACAUUAUUCUUUCAAGUAGACAAUGAAGUUAACGAGAACCAAAGUAGAAGACAAUAUCGCCGCAACGACGAAUGCGGAGUUGGCUCAAAAUAUGGUUCAACUCACCCAGACUAUCGGGAGUGUGUUAGUUCAGAACCAACACCAACAACAUCUCAAAAACCGCAAUGAUGUAGCAAAACUUGUUGCGAAGCGCAAUCCCCCGUGUUAUUUAGGCCAAGAAGAUCCUCUCAUCCUUGAGGAUUGGAUUCGCACUUUUGACAAACUUUUCGACGCUAUAAACUGCCCUGCAGAUCAACGAGUUAAUACGGCUGCGUACUAUCUACGUCAAGAAGCAGACAAUUGGUGGGCCACGACUGCCCCAACGUUGCGUCAACAACCUGACUUUUCUUGGGAGACGUUCAAGGAGGCAAUGCGAAAAAGAUUCUACCCGGAACACGUUAGAGCUGAGAAGUAUGAAGAAUUCUUACACCUGAAGCAAGUGGGUAUGACUGUCCAAGAGUAUCACGCUAAAUUCUUGAAUCUCGCACGAUUUGCCCCCACGCUAGUUCCCGAUGAAAUCGAGAAAACAAAUAAGUUUAUACGCGGUCUGAACUUCGAGACGCAAAAAGCUCUUUGCGUUUCAGAAUGCCAAACGUUGAACGAUGCCUACAACAAAGCUGGCAAGCACUAUCGAGUGCAACAACUCCAGAAGAAAACACUCAAGAGAGCGAGGAAGGGGACUGAAGGAGAAAGCAAUCUAGGAGGCAAACAAUGCAAGCUAAUUCAGCUGGGGCACACUCGGUACGAGAACAAGAUCAACUUUCAAGGUCAAGACCAUAAGUGUAAGAAGAAGAACUCAACUGAAGAGAUGCACUUCUAUUGCUCGAAGUGUGGAAAAGAUCACCCCGGGAAAUACUGUGACGGAACACUCGCACGAUGUUUUCAUUGUGACAAGCUUGGACAUAGGGUGUUCGAGUGUCAUUCAAGAAAGAAGGGAAUCCCUCCAACUCGUGGACUCAAUCAUCAUGAGAAGAAUGCAAGACACAAUGGAAGAACCUCAGAAUAGUAGGCGAAAACAUAUCGAUUCCUAAUUUUCAUAAUUAGUAAAAAUGUUUGAGAAUUAUGUAUCGUUUGAUCUUUGAUGAAUAAAUUAUUUUCUUGAAUAAGUUAAAUGCUUCGGGGACGAAGCAUUCUUUUAAGGAGGGUAGAAUGUGACACUCCAUAAAUUUAAUAAAAAGAAUUUAAUAUUAAUUAAAAUGUGACACCACACAAUUAUAGUUGCGGAUAUUUUUCUUAGCUUAUGCCUCGGGACGAAACAUCUUUUAAGGAGGGUAGAAUGUGACACCCCGAAAAAAUUGCAAUAAAGUAAAUAAAUUUUAUUAGUGAGAUAAAAUGUUAUGAAAGUCACAUUUUAAUAAUUAAGUGAAUCAGAUAAAAUUUUUACAUCGGUGACAACUUUAAUCGGCUAAAAAUGUUUCAAUAAUAAAAGUGACAUUUUUAUAAUAAUUAUGUUGAUAAAAUAGGAUCUUGACUUAAAUAACAAAAGUAACAUUUUUGUAACAAGUGAUAAUUAUACAUAGAAUAUACAUAAUAUAUAUAUAUAUAUAUAUAUAUAUAUAUAUAUAUAUAUAUAUAUAUAUAUAUAUAUAUAUAUAAAUGACAUAUUAAUUAUAAGGGGGGCCGAUAGGAUACAUGUUCACAACUAAACUAUAAGGAGUAUAAAAUGCACAUGGCAUAUAAUUCGUAUGUUCUUAGGUACUACAUGUAAAUUAAUUGUUAUACAAAGGUAGUUGUACACAUAAAAAAAAACCAUAUAGUGAAACUAGCUAAUAAAUUAUGUGUUGUACUGAUCAUACUUCACACAUAUAAACACUCGCACAUGGGCAAGAGAAUGAUACAAGGUACCUACGUGAAUACCAUGUGACACACAUGACAUACCCAUGUAUAUAUGUAUGUUGGGACACCACAUGUACAUGCCUCCCAUAUGCAUUUGUCAUCUCAUUCUCAAUCAUACUUGCGAAUGAUAAUCCACCCCGAAUGAAGCAAACGUGCUGGGACAUAUAUAUAAGGCUCAUGUGAUAAGUUUCCUACCCUGCGAAAUUUUAUCAUACGUCCGCCCGCCACAUAUAUAUAAGUAUACUGCGUUACAUCAUACUCCGUAUACCUCACCUCAUCAACGAUGCCCAAGAUAGAGGCGGACGAACUCAACCCCUCUGCAAACCUUAGCUCUCUGCGCACAGCAACCUAAAGAGAGAAUGACAGACUGGUUAGUGUCGAAAGAAAAUCUCAACUACUCGUUCGUGUCAACCAGGAACCUGUUCUGCCGCUGUGACACUGGGACACCGCAGCUGGAAGAAAAGCCUGUAUCGCCGGCCUAGGAAAAGGAGGAACCUGGAGUCAUCUCAGCCGGACUGAACCGUAUCCUCUGAACGUCGCCAACCUGCCGCAUCUUCCUGCUACUGGAGUGGUGGAACUCGCCGUCACCUCUUCUCGUUCGCAGUUGGAAAGUCUUCUACGGACCCCUGUUUCCGCGGGGGUCGAUAGCAAAGGAGCCGGAGGCCAGGGGAUAGACCUUAGGACAACGUUGCUGUCUUCACCGGAUGCCGCCAGAGUUUCUGUGCGGCGGAGUGGGAGCACCGUCGCACGCAUCGCAGAUUCGCAGCAGCCCGUUGUUACCUGGCCGUUAUCGUUCGACGGAGAACAACUUACAAGGUGAUAUUUGAAGAGGAUCGAGGUUAAAGCUUCGGUUAGGAUUAUCGCGAUUCGAGGAAUUGAGGAUCAUGUUGAAGUUGAUUUCGAGAGCUUCCGCUAGAACACAUAGACUAAAUUGAUUGAAUAAUUUAUUUUAGUCUUAAUUUUAAAGAAUUGUAGUUGAACAAUUAAUUUUGGAAAAUCUUAAUUGGUUGGUGGUGGAUAGCCUGUGCACUCGGUUAUAUGAGAACCGAGUGUGGCGGUAACGCCCUGUUUCCCUUUGAAUUUUCCGCUGCAAGACUCUGAUGUUUUCGAAUAAACCAUUAUUCAAAUGUAUUUUUGGGUGGGAAAUUUGAGGGUGUUACAUAAGGUUUCAGAACCAUCAGAAGAGAUCACUAGCAAUCCAGUAUUCUCAACUCCUACUACUAACCCAAUUCUGAUAGAUAAAGAUGAAGAUGAAGAAUCAGAAGAUGAACCAUCAGAGUUGCCUAGACAGCAACUAUCAGAACCUGAUCUAACUUGGUUAAGAGAUCAUCCUCCUAAUCAAGUGAUUGGUCAAGUCACCAGUGGUGUUAGGACGAGAUCUGCAUCUAGAAGAGAAGCCAUGUUCACCUGCUGCAUUUCUCAAAUGGAACCAAUGAAUGUAGAAGAAGCUCUAGAAGACUCAGACUGGAUAAAUGCAAUGCAAGAAGAGCUGACACAGUUUGAAAGAAAUGAAGUAUGGAAACUUGUUCCUAGACCAAAACAUCAGAAUGUCAUUGGAACCAAAUGGGUAUUCAAGAACAAAGUAGAUGAAGAAGGAAACAUUGUAAGGAAUAAAGCAAGGCUGGUAGCAAAGGGAUACUGUCAAGAAGAAGGCAUAGAUUUUGAUGAGACCUUUGCACCUGUUGCCAGACUGGAAGCAAUCAGGAUUUUCCUAGCCUAUGCUGCUUACAACAACAUCAAGGUCUACCAGAUGGAUGUAAAGAGUGCAUUUCUGAAUGGAGAACUUGAAGAGGAAGUUUAUGUUGAACAACCUCCAGGUUUUGUCAUUCCUACUCAAUCCUCUUGUGUCUACAAGCUCAGAAAGGCCCUUUAUGGUCUUAAGCAAGCUCCCAGAGCUUGGUAUGACACAUUGUCCCUAUUCUUAGUGAACCAUGGGUUUACUAAAGGAAAGGUGGACAAAACUCUAUUUCAAAUCUCUGUUGCUAAUCAUAUUCUAUUAGUGCAAAUUUAUGUUGAUGACAUUAUAUUUGGAAGCACUAAUCCAGAAUUAUGCAAGAAAUUUUCUAAAGUAAUGCAGAAGAAAUUUGAAAUGAGCAUGAUGGGAGAACUCAGUUAUUUCCUUGGAUUACAAGUCAAACAAGUUCCAGAAGGCAUCUUUAUCAACCAAGGGAAGUACACCAGAGAUCUCAUCAAGAAGUUUGGAGUAGAUGGAAAAUCUUCAGUCAAGAUUCCAAUGAAUGCAUCUCAAGGCAUUGGACCAGAUGAUGAAGGCAAAGAUGUUGAUGCUACAACAUAUAGAGGAAUCAUUGGAUCUCUCCUCUAUCUGACUGCAAGCAGACCAGAUAUAGCUUUUGUUGUAGGAAUUUGUGCCAGAUACCAAUCAAAGCCCAAAGAGAGCCAUCUAGUUGCUGCUAAGAAGAUUAUCAGAUAUAUCAAGGGAAAUCCAAAUGCAGGCCUAUGGUAUCCCAAGGGAGGUAACUUUGAACUAAUUGGUUACUCUGACUCAGAUUUUGCAGGUUGUAGAUUGGACAGGAAGAGCACUUCCGGUCAUUGUCAAUUGCUGGGUGGGAGACUUGUCUCCUGGUUUAGCAAGAAGCAGAAUUCAAUCUCAACUAGCACUGCUGAAGCUGAAUACAUUGGGUACCCAAUCGGGUAUUUGCAGAAUGAUGAAUUCGAGCUAUACUCGACCGAUUUCAGGGUUAAAAUUAAAGGUAUACCCGAUCGGGUGUGUCGGUGUACCCCAUCGGGUAUAACAACUGAUCGUGGCCAAAUCUUCCCCUGCACGUCCCUUUGUUUCCCGAAUUGAUCUGAUUGGAAGUCAAGUGGGUAUCCGAUCGGUUAUAUGGUAUACUCGACCGGGUACAGGUCAAAAUCAAGAACUUUCCUUUUUGUCUUGCACUCUUGCAUCUUCCUUCCUCUUUUGGUUUCAUCAAUGAUCAUUUGAUUGAUCCUGGACCUGUUUAGCUCAGAAUAGACCUAAUGUAAAACAUAUUACAACUAUUUUACAAACAUAACUAUUACACCAAAAGUGUGUAAUUUCCAAAGUAUCAAACAACAAAAGCUAACUAAAAACAUACACAUACAUAUGAAAAUUACAAGUGUAUCAAUAAAGGUUCUUUUGUUGCUGGAAAGAGAGUAAGGGAGCGGGGGCGAUUUUCAGUUAGCACAACGGAAGCGCUUGUUAUCCGAGAGGCGAUCCAUUGGGCGGCCCAAGCUGGAUGGCGACACGUUAUUGUCGAAUCAGAUGCACUUUCGGUUGUUAAUGGAAUUAUAACUUCCGAUGGUAUCUCGUAUGAGGAUGGUAUCUAUGCUGAAAUUAGACAUAUGAUGGCAGGUUUUGCUAGUUUAAAUGUCCACUUUGUGCAGCGAUCAGCGAAUCGGGUUGCUCAUGUCUUGGCAAGGCAAGCUGUUUCGGAGUCUGAUUGUACUUGGGUGGGGAUUCCACCGGAUUGUAUUGCUGUUUUGUUGGAAAACGAUAAUCAAUAAUAUAGUUAUUUGGUUUGCAAAAAAAAUCCUUUGAAUGAUAGUAAGCUUCUGUUAUGUGGUGUCCUUGAACUUGAAUGUCAUAAAUUAUCUUAUGAAAUUAGUAAAUGCAACAUGCAAUUAUUG